AUGACGCGAAAUUUCUGGAACAGCCAGCAUCCUUUCUCCACCAAGUCUGCUUUGGUCUCUGUUUUGCAAAUCCUCGCAAGUCCGGCUCGCAGUACUGCGCAUGAUGAACCAAGAGCAACCACAACAGUGAUCGUUCCAGCCACUAAAAUCUAUUAUCCGCCAUCCGAGUCUGCGCCCGUCCCGGUCACAAGCCCCGAUCGUUGGGUGCUCCCGUUGGUCGGACUGUCCAGGGAUGCUACAACGCCUUGGGGGGCCAAUGUUACGAGUGGGAAUGGCACGGUGAAUGCGUAUACGAUAUCUCUUGGGCAAGGCGAUAGCGACAAUGAUUGUGGGGGGAACGGCACCCAGCUGCUGAGCCGAACACAGUACCCCUUGGUGGACGCCCAGUUCAUAGGAGACCUCAAUGGCAACCGUGCCAAUCUCUCUGUAUCCCAGAACAGCCAUCACAUACUCAACCUGGGGAACGACUCUCACCUGACCGUAACCACCAGCAGUGAUGACGAGGAUUUUCCCAUCAGCACAGUUCCCUUUGGCUUGAACCUCGGCCAUAAAGGCGAAUGGAAUGGUUCACUUGCACUAGGCGGGCUCUACGACGCCAAUCGGCUCACCGAUGAUGCGACAUCCUGGAUCUCCAUCGCAGAGACCAUGAACAACAAUGGCACCUUUCUGCAGACCGGCAAGCAGACCCUCUCCGCCGUCAUUGUACGCAUCUGGCAGUAUAAUCCCAGUCCGAGCAUCACCAACCCGAGCAUCAACGCCAGGGUCAAACGGUCCGGUCCGUUCUCGGCCUCGGACGAGUCUGAACCCAGUGUCGUCUAUUCUGCUCGGUUGGAUCUGACCAGCGACAUGCUGAUCCUACCACGGGACUGGUGCGGCCGCAACAUAACGCUGGAAAUCAACAUGUUCCCGAACCGAGUCGCGAGUGUCUCUAGUUCGAUUUUGAUCGGAAUCCCCGGGAACCUGACCGACAGCAGCAGCCGGUGCAGCUUCGAGCAGGAUACUGAGGUGAUUGUCCUCGGUCGUCCGUUCUUUCAGGCGGCCUACCUCUACGUUGACGUAACCGGCGAACUGAGGAUCCUUCCUGCCAAUCAGUACGACCUUCCACCCAAACCGGUUCCGUUCAAUGCAACUGCGAGACCGGUUCUGCCUGACCGCCGCACCUCAACGUACAGCCCCGGUGCUGCGGGUGGAACGUUGGUCAAAGGCAGCUGGGGCGACCGAAACUUGCCUGUUGGGACGACGGUCAAUCGUGCUCUUGUCGUUUUGCUCGUGCUUGCUGGUUUUGCAUUCUUGCUUUGA